ACUCUUCUUCUGUGGUGUUUUAUGUCAAGGCAUGAAAAUACAACACACUCUUCCGGUCAUUGCUUUCUAAAUAAGAGUCUAACGCUGCUGUUUAACAUGAGGCAGCUUUUGAUUGGAAGAGAAACCGGAAGUAUCUGCUCCUGCUAACGAUGCUACCCUGACUGUUAGCUUCACACAAACAUUAGCUGUUAGCUGUGAUCCGGACUCUUCAGCAGACCCGGACCCGGUGCACCAUGAGCCGCAGACGGACUCAGAGUCUGUCUCCAGACUUGAUCCCGGAGCUGAACCCGGUCUUCAUGGAGCCUCCCGGGACCUCAAGCCGGACUGAUGCGGACUUUCUGGACCAGGAUCAGGACGAAGAGCUGCUGGUGUCGGUGAGCCACAUCACGGAGCACUUGGGCCGGAAGCUGACCGUGGUUCUGGACUCGGCUCUCAACGACAUCCGCGAUAUGGUCAGCGUCCGGAUCCGGGUCCUGAAGACCGAACUGCGGGAGAAGACCGAGGAGAUCCGGGUCCUGAAGGCACGGCUGGACCCAGAUCAGAGGGACCCGUUCUCUGCAGGAACCGCACUGGAUCCUGGUCUGAAGAAGCCGGACUCUAACAAAGCCGGUCCCAUUGACCCACGCAGGACCAGGAUCCUGCAGUCCGGGGUGAAGAAGGAGAACAUCGACGCGAUCUGCGACCACUUGAUGAAGACCUCCAGGGGGGGGCAAGACCCGGACCAGGACCAGAACCCGGACCCGCAGUCGCUCCACCUGUGGGCCGGACCCGGAUCUGGGCCCGGAGACUCGGAGUCAACCUCAGAGGACCUGUUCAGUCUGCUCCCCCCUGGAAGUAAGAGGGACUACGACUAUGACUGGACCCCCCCAACGGAACUCUCCGCACACCUGACAGGCCUGAAGGAGUCAGACUGUGAGAACCCCCCCCUCACAGAGACAGAGGAGGAGGAGGAGGAGGAGGAGGAGGAGGAGGAGGAGUCGACCAGAGGGGAGGAUCAGGACCCCCUGUCACAGGUCCAGACCUCAGAGUUCUCCAUGGAGGAGCACGGAGAUCCUGGGAGGGGGGAGUCCUGAGGAGGGGGAGAGCGAGCUGCAGGAGGUCAGUUCCCUUCUCUCUCCUUCUUCUGCUCUCUGUGUGGAACCUUCUGUCCAGACUCUGUGUACCUGGAGGAGCACAUCAAACUGAUACACCUUGACUCUGCUGACGCUAUGCAGGCAUUGCAGGCCACAGGCCCCGCCCCCCCCUCAACAGAGAGCGGAGCUGAGCUCAGGAAGGGCCGGGGGUUACAGGACGAGGCCAUAGCAGGGGAAGUGGCUCGGGGAGGGCCGGGGCCGGUUAAGAGAGAAGUGAAAACGGAUGGGGGUUACGAGUGUGCAGACUGUGGGCGGCGUUUUAACUACCUGGGGAACCUGCGGCAGCACCAGAGGAUCCACACUGGGGAGAAGCCCUUCAUGUGCCCGGAUUGCGGGGAGCGCUUCAGACAUGCCGCACGCCUCAAGAGCCAUCGCCUGGUGCACAGUGGAGCCCAAAGCCCCUUCCCCUGCCCCCAGUGCGGGAAGGGUUUCUCUGUGCUGUCCGGACUGAAAAGACACCAGAGGGUCCACACUGGGGAGAGUCCAUAUGCCUGCCCCCAGUGUGGACGCCGCUUCAAGGAGCUGGGAAAUCUGUACACCCACCAGAGGAUCCACAGUGGGGCAACGCCAUACUGCUGCCACACCUGUGGGCGGAGCUUCAGACACCUGGGGACCUACAAGAGCCACCGCUGCACCCCAAACCAGUGACCACCCCAAACCAGUGACCUUCCUGAAACCAGUGACUAUCCAAACCAGUGAUCGCCAAAACCAGUGACCAGUCAAACCAAUGACCACCCAAACCAGUGACCCUGUUGACUCCCAGCCAAUCACUACCCUAAACCAGUGACCAUGUCUUGCUGGUUUCCACAUAUGAUCCUGAGUUUAAACUAAUGUGUGAAGAAUCUUUUUAAAAACAUUCAUGUCUUUAACAAACUGACAGAACACGCUGACUUCUGCCUUCUUCUUUGAGUUUGCCAUAUUAAAAAAAAACAGGUUCUAACAUGUGGCCAACAACUCCCAUGAUCCCGCACUACUUGACCUCAUGACAUCAUCAGACUGCUUUGUUGUUGUUAUAGCGGUGAUGCCCCUAGUGGUAGAAAACCCACAGUGCUUUUAAUGAAUAAUUGUGUGGGAGGUUUAAGAACAUGAGCUGAAGUUUGAUAUCUCUGCGACUGGAGACACUCGCGUGUGAGAAUCAAGCCUCCUCCCUGUGAUCAAGGACCUUUUACAGAGCAGUGGGACACAGCGCCCUCAUGUGGACGGACUGUGUAACUACACCAGUGCUCACUGUGCUGCCUGUGUGCUACAGAACAGAAGAGUUUUUCUUUUUAACCUUGUUACGCGAUGUUACAGAUAUAUGUUGUUAUUUUAUACGUCUCUGUACUCUAAGCUGUCGUCAGUCGUGAUCAGAGCUGCUCUCACUGACAAUCUGCUGUCUAAUAAACAGACCUCACAUCAUCA